AUGUCGUUAAAUGACUUAAAUUCUGACAUUAAAGAAUAUAUUUUGGGAAAGUUUGCAGAAGACGACUCAGGGCCAUAUAUGUUUCACUCUUUUUUGCUUUUAAAUCGUGAGUGGAGUGAAAUAGCGGUCAAAUUUCUGUACAAAGAUACUUGGAUAUUCAUCAAACGAAUAUCGAACGAAAAAUUACGUGCUAAACAAUUAAUUGAUACAUACUUGAAUUGUCUACCUGAUAGUGGAAUUACUACGAAAUAUGAUUAUAUUGAAAAGGCAAGGAACCUACACAUUCCUGAUUUAUACGAAUGCGUAAUUUACUGGGAAGAAGAAACACAAUUUGAAGAUGAUCAGUUGCGGGGAUAUGACCAAUCACGGAUCAAAAAUAUAUUUUUCAAGUUAUUUAGAGCAUUCAUCCAAAGAUCUAAUUUAAAAAAAUGUACAUUUGCAAAAUCAUCACUAGAGGCGCCACAUAAUCCACCUAUUAACGAUACUCACCUUCACGAAAUCGCAACACGACUUCAUGCUCGUAAUGUUCAAUUGAACUAUUUAAAUUUAGGCUAUUUUCCCUGUACUGAUGAUGCUCUUCUAUACUUGACUGGAAACAUUACUUAUCUCAAAACUUUUAAAGUGAAAAUGCAAACAUGCAGUGAUCAGGCAUUAGCUAGAUUUUUGAGAACGCAACGAGCAUUAACAAAAUUGAAAAUUCGCUCUGGAGAUAAUAUCUCUGAAACAAUAUCUGCGCUAUCCAGUUUAUCAGGGACACUCGUAAAACUUCGAAUACUAGAUUGUAAUUUGGAAACUCACAAAAGACCGUUUACGAGCAUCGCAACUUGUACUGGGCUACGAUCACUAUAUAUGUAUGGUACUAAAUUUUCGCGUGAAGUUUCUACUUCAGAUUUAUUGAUGCCUAUUGCCAGAAACUGUACAUUUCAUAAUGUUGAUUUUACUGGGACUAUCCUUCCUGGUGAUGUUCUUGCUAGUAUUGCUAUUAAUUCUUCGUCAACAUUACGUCGAGUAUUUGUUAAGCGUCCAAGCGAACAAUUUUCACAGUUGGAAGAUGAUGAAUUUGCAGUCGGUAUUAAUGCAUUGGCGGAUCACGCAAAGAAUCUAACCGAUUUUGCGUGUGACAUUUUGCCAGAAGAAACGACCGCAUUACUUAAUCUCCUAAAUUCGAUUGGGCAUUCACUUGAACGAUUAGAAAUUGGUUCGCCGGCCUUAAUUUCUCGAGAAUCUUCGGAUUUAAUUCGUGCAAUCGCUCGAAACUGUUCAUCACUGACAACUUUGGAUGUAUCCUACUUUAGUUUUUCGAAAGAAGCAUUCGAAGAAUUGAUUCGUGGAACCCGAAUCCAGAAUUUAGAUUUGCGUAAAACUCAUUCAAUCGAUGACGCUUUGCUAAAAAUCAUGAAGGAGGUAUGGGAUGGUACUUUGCAAUGUUUGAUUAUUUCUGAAUGUGAAAAUGUUAGCGAAAAUGCGAUUAGUGAUUUAGAUUGGGUUGAAGAUGUUGUAACUGAUAUAACAGAAAGACGAGUCUUAGACGAAGAGAUUUAA